CAGCGAUACCCCGGGUGGAAAAGAGCGUGCAUUCAAACUGGUUUUCAUAGGGACUGAGUAACUUCUUUAACUUACUUCCUGGUGUAACAAACCGUUAGCAGGAAGAACUGCGUGUCUUGAAAAGAAAACGGACACGUGGAUUAUCAUUGCUCCUCUAGUUCCAGGCAAGCGCCACGGAAAAAAACCAUCCUCUCUGUGGCUAUAUGUCCUUAUUCUCCGUGCUCUUCACCUCAUCACACUGCAAUACAAGUAUGGAUCCUCGUUAAACGAAAGGAAAUGAUACGUCGUCGCGAACAUCGAUCAAAGCGUUUCUUUUUGUCGGCUUUCCUCACUCAUUCCAUAGCCCACUGAACUGCGACGUGCAGGAAAAAGCAAAUCUCAAACAUUAGCAUCUCUUGUUGAAUGGCAAUUCUGCAAAAACAUGGAAAGAUCUCUGGUCCAGAUUUGGUCUGCCUCAAAGAAACCCCGUCAGACACAAUCGGUGACGCCGGAGGUCAUCAGAAGAAUUGGAGUGAACAUUACACGAACUGGCCCAGACCCCUGGCGCGGGUAUGGACGGUGGUGCUACUGCUGGGGACCUGUCUGCUGUACUGUGCCCGCGUGGCCAUGCCCAUCUGUGCCGUCAGCAUGGCCGAGAAGUUUAACUGGACCAAGAGGGAACAGGGCAUGGUGCUGGGCAGCUUCUUCUGGGGCUACUGCUUCACACAGGUCCUUGGAGGCUACGUCAGCGACAGGGUUGGAGGUGAGAAGGUGCUCCUGCUGUCUGCGGCGGCCUGGGGGGCGAUGACAGCCUUCACACCCGUCCUGGCCCACUUCUGCUCUCAGCCCAUCUUCUCUAUGACGCUGGCACGCUUCCUGAUGGGGCUGCUGCAAGGUGUGCACUACCCGUCUCUGGUUAGCCUGUGUUCUCAGAAGGUGGUGGAAAGUGAGAGAGGAUUCCUCAUGAGCACUGUGGGAAGUGGCUCCUAUCUGGGGACACUGGUGAUUGGGGGGGCUGGUUCCCUCAUGCUGGACCUGUAUGGUUGGGAGAGUGUGUUCUAUGUGUCUGGUCUGCUCUCUGUCCUCUGGGCGUACUGCAUAUGGAAAUACCUGCUCAGAGGGGAAGGACCUAUCAUCACAUUGGAGUCGCUGGGUCGUGGAGGGCCCCGGUCCAAACUCUCCAGGAGACACUGGCUACGUCUCUUCAAACAACCUGCUGUCUGUGCUGUGAUUAUUACGCACCUUUGCACUGCGAGCACCUUCUUCACAAUGUUGUCAUGGCUACCGACUUACUUCAAGGACACCUUCCCUGAUGCCAAGGGUUGGGUGUUUAAUGUUAUCCCUUGGUUUGUGGCCAUCCCCUCUUCUCUCUUCAGUGGCUGUCUCUCUGACCACCUUAUCAGCCGAGGGUUUGACACUGCUGCUGUGAGGAAGCUUAUGCAGUUCUUCUCCAUGGGUGUGUCCAGUGUGUUUACCCUCCUGCUGUGUGGCACCAACACCUUCCCCACAGCUGUGGCCUUUGUCUCUGCCACCAUGGGCCUCACCACCUUCAGCCACAGCGGUGUGUCUGUGAAUGUUCAGGACCUGGCUCCGUCAUGUGCUGGGGCUCUGUUUGGUGUUAUGAAUACCUGUGGAGCAUUCUCAGGUGUGCUGAUGGUGUAUUUCUCUGGGUAUCUGAUUGAGGCUACAGGGUCGUGGGCGUCUGUCUUCACCCUCAUCACUGUGGUGAACCUGGUGGGCCUGGUCACCUUCCUGGCCUUCGCUGAGGCCCGCCGGGUCGACAUGGACUCUUCCAAGGGCCACUACCACGACAUCCACAUCUGAGUCCCAAGCCCUGGUCCCUCAACAACCACCUUUUAAACUGAGGGGCCAAAACGGGACCAGGUCCCACACUAUCCACAUCUGAGUCCCCAAAACAGGACCAGAACCUAUGCCCAUGUACCACAGAAUGCACACUGGAGACUUAAAUAUAGAAAGAGAACAGCGAGAGCCUUGGUCUGUUGAAUGUAUCAAAACAUCCACAUCAGAAUUUGAGAAGUGAAACAGUAGUGAAAGUCAAUCCUAGAUGUUUGUCAGAUCAUAGUCAGUGUUUCUUCUAUAUUAAUUUAACAACUCAAUUGUUUCUCUCGAUAUAGACAUUCGUGGAUGUGGCAAUUUCAGCUACACCUGUUGCUGACAAGCACACAGCCAUGUCAUCUCUAUAGACAAACAUUAGCACAGUAGAAUGGCCUUACUGAAGAGCUCAGUGACUUUCAACUUG